AUGGCCGCCAUGGAAAACGCGCAAUUUAACACCAAUUCGAUGCAGAGAGUGAAGGUAUAUCGUUUGAAUGAAGAUGGUAACUGGGAUGAUCGAGGAACUGGACUCGUCAGUAUGGACUAUAUGGAGCGAUCGCAAGAACUUGGUCUGUAUGUAGUUGAUGAAGAUGAUAAUGAGACAUUGCUUGUACACCGCAUCAGCACUGAGGAUAUCUACAGGAAGCAAGAAGACUCAAUUAUCUCAUGGAGAGACCCAGAGCGCUCAACAGAAUUGGCUUUGAGCUUUCAAGAGACUGCGGGAUGCUCUCAUGUAUGGAAUCAAAUAGCUACUAUGCAACGGAAUCUACAUUUCAGUGCUGUGAACAGCGAACAAUUUCACAACGUGAACUAUGAGUUGAGGGAGCUUCCUGAUGUCGAGCUAUCUACUCUUCCCCUCAUACACCAGAUUGUUACUGAAAGUGGCACUACAGAUCAGAUGCGGUUAACCCAACUUAUGUUGAAGGAUGUUAAUUUCUUUGGGAAUUUGAUGGGUAUAUUUGAAAUCUGUGAGGAAUCCAAUAAUGUUGAUGAUCUUCACAUGAUAUUCGAUAUUGUCAAAGGCAUCAUUUCGCUCAACAGUUCUCAGAUCCUGGAGAAAAUCUUUGGGGAUAAACUGAUCAUGCAAAUUCUCGGGUGCCUUGAGUAUGAUCCCGAUGCUCCUCAGCCUCAACAUCACCGGAAAUAUCUGAGAGAGCAUGCUGUUUUGAAGGAGGCUAUACCCAUUAAGGAUCCCCUGGUCCUGUCGAAGAUACACCAAAUCUACAUAAUUGGUUAUCUGAAGGAUUUUGUUUUGGCUAGAGUACUAGAUGAUGCAAUCAAAGCUACCGUAAAAUCAGUCAUCGAUGCAAUCAAAGCUACCGUUGUUACACGUCUGAGGGAUGACAGCACCUUUAUCCAAGAGUUAUUUGCAACGUUGCGGUCACCUACGACAUCUGUGGAAUCCAGGAAUAAUUUGGUAUAUCUCUUGCACGAAUUUUGUAGUCUAAGCAAGAGCCUCCAGUUGGCGCCGCAACUACGUCUCUUUAGAGAACUUAUGAACAAAGGAAUCUUUGACAUCAUAGCAGAGCUCUUGCAGAGUCCAGAUAAGAAACUCGUAGCAACCGGGAUAGAUAUCCUCGUUUUUUUCUUGACUCCUGAUCCCAAUCUGUUGCGCUCUUAUGUUGCUCGACCGGAAACUUCCCUCCUUAGUCUCUUGGUUAAGGGAAUGAUGGAAGAUUUUGGUGAUCAGUUUUUAGAAGUUUUGCGAAUUAUACUGGAUUCAAGUGGAUUUUCUGGUGGAGUUCAGCGAGCGAAAAUCAUGGAUAUUUUCUGUGAAAAGCAUCUGCCUGAGUUAGUUGAUUUCAUAACUGCCUCAUGUCCCGAAAGGCCUGGCGAUACAUCUGAAGGUGCAUCCGGAAGAGUUGACAGCAAAACCCUAUUGAACAUUUGUGAAUUGCUGAGCUUUUGCGUUCAGCAGGAUUCAUCAAGGACAACUUUUCUCAUUGAAAAUGUGGCAGAAAAGGUUUUGCUUCUCACUCGAAGAAAGGAAAAACCAGUCGUGGCUGCUGCUAUUCGAUUUUUCCGCAAUCUCCUUUCUGUCCCUGAUGAUAAUGUCGACAGUUACGUUGUGAAGAACAACAUGCUGAAACCGAUUAUAGAUGUUCUUGUUGGCGGUGGUAACCAGGACAAUCUGCUGACUUCUGCUGUCUUGGAGCUUCUUGAGCACAUACGCAAGGCAAAUUCAUCUGUGCUGCUCAAAUACGUGGGUGAUACAUUGUGGGACCAGUUGGCUUCAUUUGAGCACCUGGCCUCCAUCCAGGACUUCAAAACGAGAUAUGAGCAGUGCUUAGAAAGUAAGGGAACAAAGAGCACCACUGUUCCAGUUGAUAUGGGAGGCAAUGAGCGCGCUCUGGAUAAACAGGAGGACAACGACGUGAAAGAAAACAGCGAUGAAGAAAAGCCAGCUUCUGCUUCUAGUACACAGAAAGAAGAAGCUAAUCCCGAUAAUUCCAAUGUAGCAGCUGCAAGUUCUGCUUCUCCGAGGUCUGGAGGUUUGGUUGAUUAUGAGGAUGACGAAGAUGGUGAAGACGGUAAACCUCAUCCGAAAAAACAGCCGGAAGUCUCAGAGGAAGAAAAGAAGGAGGAGCUUCUUAGGCUGAAAAACAAAAACCCGCCUUGCAGCGAAAAUGAGCAACAGGAGAGUCCUAAAAAACCGAGGCUCUGUUCAACAAUUGAAGGAAACAAGAACUCCACAGUGCAAGGUGGCGAAGCUAAGGAACCUGUGAGCUCUAGAAGCAGUAAGGAUGAUGGCGAUAGUUUAGAUGAAGAUAAUGACAGCAAAACUGGAACAACAGACAAAGGAGGAGAUGAUGCAUCUGCGUUGACACCUUCAGAACCAUCAGCAGAUAUGGAUUCAAGUGGAUCCUGA